GUGCCCCAAAUGUGGCCAGGCUGGCUUCAUGCGAGGCUUUGGCUGGUACCUUUGCUGUGCCUAUGACAAGCCCGCCGAAGUCUUGUGGGACACGUGGGAGUCUGGAGACUGAAUCCUACGAUAGCACCGUGGAAGAUGCACAGUGCCCGUACCCCAGAAAGAAAGACAUAGCCUCCGGCCCAACCGUGCCACCUGCAAACACCGGCCCCACCGACACUACGGCAAAGCCGGCCCACCCGUUGCCUGUGACUGCACCGAGCCAAACCGUGGCAGAGGCAAACCCUGGUGACAUCUUGCCUGCCACAAACCCUAGCCACACCAUGCCUUCGACUGGAGCCUUGCCUUCAACUGGAUCCGUGACGCCGACAAACCCGGGCCACGCCGUGCCUUCGAAUGGACCCAUGCCACCGGCAAACCCAGGCCACACCGUGCCUUCGACUGGACCCAUGCCACCGACAAACCCGGGCCACGCCGUGCCUUCGAAUGGACCCAUGCCACCGGCAAACCCAGGCCACACCUUGCCUUCGACUGGACCCAUGCCACCGACAAACCCAGGCGCAAACCCGGGCCACACCGUGCCUUCGACUGGACCCAUGCCACGUCAUGUGACCCCCAAGAAAAGCAGGAUGAGACGCUACUUCGAGCCCAAGAAAUGUGGGUCGCUAAAGUGCUCUCCGGAAGCACUAGCCCUAUACAAGACGGCUGAUGGACGUACCAAGCUUCGGGAACUCUUGAAAACUCACGGCAACUUCAAGGCCCUUGAACUGCACGUCCGGAAGACCCAUCUGAGUAGCUACGGCAAGAGCAAGGAAGGCCAGUGGGUGACAAAGCAAUUCUUGGCGCAGUCUGAACAUUGGACCCCGCCCAAUCCUAAGAAGAUGAUUUCUGCAGCAUGGCAAUGGGCAGCACGGACCAAGAAUUUGCGAAAAAAUGCCGUGCACGGGGAGGAGGAAGCGAGGCUUGUCCUCACGGACAAAUUCGAAGCCCAAGACCUCACAUCGCAAGAGACGGACCUUCGAGGGAGAAUCGAUGUCGAGGACGACUCCGGAUUUCUGUUGUCGAACGACAUACCGAGCAUCGAUGCCGACGAGAAUGCUUUGGCCAAUGGUCUUGCAACCGAGCCAGCCUCCUCCAGUGGCUCCGCCCAGCAGAUGGAAUCCUUCUCCGCGAGUGCCAGCUUCAAGAAGCUAGAUUGUGCCCACACCCCAAAUCCGAAGGCUGACAUUUCCAAGCCUUUCGCAAACGAGCUCACCUGUCCAGCUGCUACCGGAGAUCGGUUGGCAACUGUGGGAGGAGCUCGGGCGACAGCGCUCCGCGACCGGAUCGCAGAUGUGCUCAAGGGCAUGAAAGCCAUGUUCAGUGAUCUGACCAAGAAGCAGUCUGAUGCUUUGACCCGGCCGCUGGAUAAGCCGUUCUCGGACAGCAUCCUUCGCAUGUUUGCAGAUGUGACGAAGCAGGACCUCAUUAUGAACAACUAUAUUGUGAGGUCGGUGAAAUCCACAGCAGGGUCCUCGAAGCCUUCCAAGUCCAAGGGCCCAGCCAAGAAGGAUAAGGCCGAGAAGGCAAAGCCUUCCAAGAAAAAAGGCGGCAAGAAGAGCCCCACCAAGGCUAAGGGAAAGAACCCGAAAGCCGGUAUGUUUCCACGAGCAGAGCAACAUGCCCGCAACGGCAAUGACGACGAAGGCCGUGUGAGCGACGGCGAAGAUUCCGAUGACGACCUGGCAAAUGAGCUCUUCAUGGGCUUUCAAACGGGUGACCGGCCGUUAUCUUCCAGUGGAUAUUUCUACAGUGAGGACACCAAUCCGACUAGUCAACAAAGGCAGACCGAGAACAGUUGCAACAGCUUUCCCCGUGGUCAUGCCAAGGAGUUUGCCAGCCGGCUGACACCACUGGCAGUUCAUGGGGAUGAGGGACGAGGCAAGGCCAAGCACCCCAUCAUGAUAUUGUCGGUGCAACCUGUAAUCGGACCGAAAGGUCCCGAUUUUGUGAACACCAGUGGGUUGAGGGAGUAUCCGGGAGGAUGCGGAAAGGGACAUGAUUGUGGUGUCAUGAAUGCAUGGCUGGAAGAGCUGACUGGACGAGUCGACGAAACAACUCUUGUAGCUUGGAUCAUAUAA